GCAGGCGACGGCGUUCUUUGGUUUUCCGCGUGUAGCGUUGCUAACGCCAACUCAGAAGCAGAACCCAGCAUUGCAGUCGGCCGGUUUGCUUUCACUUGGUUGUCAGCUCGCGUCCCGGUCUCACGGGGAUGGCAGACGAUCUGGGAGACGAGUGGUGGGAGAACCAGCCAGCAGCCGCCAGCAGCCCAGAGCUGUCAGGUGUUGAGGAAGGAGGAGACACGGAAAUGACACAGCAGGACACAGUUCCCGUUCCUGAGAAAACCAAACAGCCCACAGAGUGUUUCUUGACACAAGCAAAGGAACCAAAAGCAGAGGAUUCCCGGAAGACCAGGAAGUGGAAGAAGAAGAAAAUUUCUGAUAUUCUUGCAAAAUCAGAGCCCAAACCAGGGACCCCAGAAGACCUUCAGAAGCUGAUCAAGGACCAUUACAGCAGCAGCCGUUCUGUGAUUGAAUUAGAAGAACUGCAGCUACCAGACUCCUGCUUCCUCAAGGCCAAUGACUUGACUCACAGUCUCUCUUCAUACCUAAAAGAAAUCUGUCCUAAGUGGGUGAAACUUCGGAAAACCCACACAGAGAAGAAGUCAGUCCUGAUGCUGAUUCUCUGCAGCUCCGCCGUCCGAGCCCUGGAGCUCAUCAGGUCUCUGACAGCAUUCAAAGGAGAUGCCAAAGUAAUGAAAUUAUUUGCAAAACACAUAAAGGUCCAGCAGCAGGUAAAGUUUCUGGAGAAUCGUGUGAUACACCUGGGUGUGGGGACUCCGGGGAGAAUCAAAGAACUUGUCAAACAAGAUGGCCUUAAUUUGAACCCCUUAAAGUUUCUGGUUUUUGACUGGAACUGGAGAGAUCAGAAGCUGAGGAGAAUGAUGGACAUUCCCGAGAUAAGAAAGGAGGUAUUUGAACUUCUAGAUAUGGGAGUGUUCAGCCUAUGCAAGUCAGACUCCUUGAAGCUGGGCCUUUUCUAAGCCUGGGUCUUGAUGAAGAGUCCAGUCCAACAUACUGCAAGCACUCAGUCACCCAAUGGAUCACUGAGGAUGUUUCAUGGGGAUUCUUUGACAACUGUGAGCCUGUCCUUUGGCUCAUACCCUCAGAUAAUAAAAGCUCUGCCUGUGUA